CUGAUCUGCUUUUGAAAAGCUGGUUUGUAUUUAACUGAAUUGAGCAAUUUUGGCGUUAUCUACCCAUCAACAAAUCGAACAAUGUAUCUAUUAUCUAGUAAAUGCAACGUGAUGUGGCCACGAUCCUGCUGCUGCCUACCGAAGACAUAUUCGAUCUUCUAUAUUCGAUUCAUAGCCAAUUGAAUACCAUCAGAUAAGGAUGACAUCACUGGAACGUUUCGCCAAAGGUCUAGAUGGACUCAAACACAUGACUGAUCCGUAAACACCUCUCGUUGUCGUUGUAUACUUAAGCGACAUUCACAUUCUCUUUCGAUCCGUUCCUCAACAUGACGACGACUUGCGUCGCUAACAAGCUGUGUGCACGCCCUGAUUAGUGCGACUUCGUCUAAUUGUCGGUUGACGUUCUAGGUCACCCCGUAUCGUCUACACGAGCAUAAUACGUGCGAUUGCUGAGUGGCUCGACGCCAAAAUUUUCAACGGUGUCUAGGUACUCUCGUCGCUUUAUCAAAUUAUUUACAGGCUAGUCUUAGCGCGACAAUAAGUAUGACGUCGAGUGGAAUCCUUAACGACGGAUUUUUAGUGUAUAAAGUUAUUCCGAACAACGCGUCUGUCAUCAGAUUUGAACAGCCAUUAGUCUGUCGAUGCAGCUCCUUAACUGCCGCGAUUUAAAAUAAAUAGCGUUUACGAGCAAAACCGGCCAGCGUCAAAAAAAUGAUUGCGAUUUGCGUAUAUAUUGGCAACGUGAAGACCUAACAAGGCUGGCACUGAUCCCUCCAACAUCUCCAUGCGUUCGGUCGACUUGCACGACGGUAGAUCUUUGGCAUCCUUUGACUCCAAGCGUCAUCGUCGCUGAAUGGCUCAAAAUGACCUGGAAUAUGCGCUAUCGUGUCCCCUACAUCUUUUCUAAAGCAGGGGAAGGAAAAUCUACAAUCGCCGAACACUUUAUGUUCUGUAUUAUUGUAUACCUCCGAGCAACGACGCGAGACAAGGUGAUCAUAGUGCGUGUAAAGCGGAUUCGAGCAGCUAGCUUUGUCGAGGGCCCGACAAGAGUAUGUCAAGUGCAGAUGCCAAUCCACGCAUCCGCCCGUCUGUCCGUCAUUUUGUAAUAAGAAAAAAGCUGUAUUAGAAGACUAAUGCAUGUUCAGACAUUAACGUUGUUGAAAGUACAAGCCUGCUAUGCAGUGAGUGAAGCAGAAGUGCAACCUGAAAUCACGCCAGCAAUUAUCUCAAACUGCCCGCAUGUGCGCAUGGCUGCAGCCGCCAAGAAAAACGAAAUUUCUGCGGCUUUGAAAGCUUCGUGGAUUUGCUCUUCCGCAUCGAUUGAUGCUUUUCGAGAAUUAAACGUUUUCGUGGGUUGUGUACACCUUGCUUAAUUUCCUGAAGCGGGGACCGACAAGACUCGUCGAUGUAGAUGUCAUAUUGAGCGAAUUAGACUUUGCUCAAAGAAUAUUUGCACUCGGUCUUCUCGAUGCCUAUGAAUGUACUUAUGUAGCUACCGAUUAGAUCUCGAGCUUGGAACAAUGUUGAAUCUAAUUGCAUAGUGGUAGCGCACACCCUGUCAUCCUGCACAAACCCAAGGGUUCUGAUUGCAUAAGGUGUAGAGUUAUACGCCAGGAUAAUGCUGCCAAAUUGGACAAAACUUUUGGACGUUCUCGGGUGAGGUCAAACCUUCUACUUUACCAAGGUAUGGUUGUGACGCGUCGAUCCGCAAGCCUUUCCAUACGAAGGAGGCAUAGUCGUGCCUAUCGAGCAGUGACAACAAUUCUCGCGUAAUUAGCUCCUUCGGGCAUUCAACUUCUUAAAGGAGGGUGUUGUGUUCAUUUUCACUCGCGUCCAUAAAGUCGCCGUCCGACUUUCGGGCGCAUCUCAGAGGUGCGUAACAGAUCAAAAUACCAAAGACACCUCAAGCGCUUUAGAAGCAGUCCGCCGAUUUGAAUCAUAAAUUCUAUCAUUUAUAUGGGUCAGUUGAGGUGUUAAUUGUGUCCGAUAAUACGCUCCUUGUCCGGACGGCUCACAAGUGAUGGAAACCAAUACACCUUAACUAAUCAAGCAAAAGCACGUCAUGUUCUCGCACCCACUUGCGCAGUCAAGAGUGUAGCUUAAGAUCUUCUCGAUUACGAUUGUGAAUCAGUUUCAUUGUGGCAAGGGUUCUAGAAGACUGCAUAAAUGGUGUGCAAGCAACUUACUGCAUUUGAUACACCUACGGUUAACUAGUCAUAUUUUAUUCUGUCCUAAGUAUUUGCAUGUUGUUUCUGCAUGUCUUGGCUCACAGCGACGCUCAUAAUGCUCGAUUCUUCGCAAUU